AGCCUCCCUAUAACCUCUCUACUCGGCACUCAGACGCACAUCACCGAUCGCACUUUGCUCAGAGACUCAGAGAGAGCAGACUUCACCGCCAUGGCAAGAGUCUUGAUGAGGAUGAUGAUGAUGAUGAUGCUUUUCAGUACUUUAUUCAUGUCUAGCCUAACUUUUGACAUCCAGUUGGUAAAAGUGAACCCUAAACGAGCCAUCUCCGGUGUGUUUGAAGCUACCCUAGGAAACACAUACGCCUUAAGUGCAUCAGCAGCCAGAGAUCUUUGUGAGCAUCUAGGUGUGACUAUUGCAAGCAAAGCACAAGUAGCAGAGGCCCAGAAACACGGUCUGGAGACAUGCAGGUUCGGGUGGGUAGAUGAGCAAAUAGCUGUUGUUCCCCGAGUUCAGGUCAAAUCGAACUGUGGCAACGGCAAGACUGGGGUUGUCGUGUGGCGUGCAGACCCCAGUAGAGAGUUUGAUGUCUUCUGCUUCAAUUUAACAGAUUUUGAGGCACAAAACCAGGCUUCCAUGGCCGCACACCAAACGACAACAAGAGAGCCAAUCACAACACAUUCAUCUGUUUUUCCCACUACUCAAGCUGGAGUUCAUCUGAGGAAAACCCCAUUUUCUAAACUCCCUUCCCCAUCAUCUUCCUCUGUUCCUUUUUCUUCAUCAUCUCACAGUCCCUCUGUUAACGACAUGGAUGAUGAAGGGAAACAUCUGCCCAUGAGUGGACCCCCGAUUGAAGCUGUUCCAGCUGCAUUACUGAUCACCGUCACCUUCACAGUCAUGCUUGCUGUCUUUCUAGCACUUUAUUAUUUCAAAACGAACAGACCCUGCAGGACGCAGUGUGACAGCGAGCAGCAGAAGGAGUACAUUGAGACAGAGGUUUGGGAGCACUGUAGUAAAAAAGACCUGCAGAAACCACAGGAGGAGCAUGUGGAGGAGAACGAGGAAGAAAACAACAACAGCAGUUCUACAGAAAAGGAGUGACAUUUCUGUUCUUGUCAAGACAUCUUGGGAUGACUGAGACUGAAGUGAUUGUGUCACAAUGUUGUAGUUUUGUAAUGAA